UCCCUGUGAUUGUCCCGGGCUCCAGCACCCCAAACUCUCGGCGAUUGUCCCCGGCGGGAGCUCCCGGUUUAAUCUGAUCCAGCCGCCCCGCACCGCCCAGUUUGGGGCUAUUUGGGUAAAACCCGGCUGCACUCGGGGACCGCCGCUCCUGGAUGUCCCAGCCCUUCCCUCGGCCAGGCGGAGCGAGGCGCUGACCCAGUCGUUUCCUGGCUCCGUGGGUGUUUGGAGAGUGCCAGCAAUUGUCAGGUGAAGGAAUUGUUGGUUCAGGAAAAAAGCGAUUUCAAGCCCCUGAGGGAGGAUGUGGGCUUACACCGUGGGCUUCACCGUCCUGCCCCACGUUGGAGGAUUCCUUGGCUGGUUCCUCAACAGGAAGGAAAGCCCGGAGUGGUACGAGAAGCUGAAGAAACCCUCGUGGUGCCCACCCCGCAAAAUGUUCCCUGUGGCCUGGACCAUGCUGUACACGGGCAUGGGCUACGCCUCCUACCUGGUGUGGAACGACCUGGGUGGCUGCGGCAGCAAGGCCAUCGUCCCCAUGGGGCUCUACGGGGCUCAGCUGGCGCUCAACUGGGCCUGGCCCCCCCUGUUCUUCGGUGCCCACAACCUCAACAUGGCGCUGGUGGAUGUGCUGUGCCUGGACGGGCUGGUCAUCGGCACGAUGUGCUCCUGGUACCGCAUCAACAGGCUGGCGGCAGCGCUGCUGCUGCCCUACCUGGCCUGGCUGGCCAUGGCCACCUGCCUCACCAUCCGCAUCUGGAAGGACAACCCCCAGCAGAAAAACGACUAAACCGAGCUGUUUUGUGUGGUUAAACUGAACCGAGGUGUAAUAAUUUGUUGGGGGUUCAUUUUGGGGUUUGCCUCCUCCUCUUCUUCCAUCGUGAGAGGUUUGAACCAUUCACUGCUUUAAAUAAGGUUUUUUCCAGUAGGUUUGGGAGAUGUUCCAGCUGUUUCCAGGUCUUAUUGCCACCAGGUCAAAUUGCAAAUGAUCUGAAAUAAUUCAGGCUGGGAACCCCGGGCACCAUCCCCCCGAGAGCAGAGCUCAGUUACACACGUGGCACAUCCCACCUCCUCUGCUGGGACCAAAAUGAUCUUCACCUCUGCACAUGAAUUUUUUAAGACCUUGAUUUUUAUUAUUUUUUUUAAUAAAUUGAUAUAUUUUUAAGAAAUUACUUGAUUUGUUAAAAG